CAAAAAGUGCAAUUCUGACGAACCUCCAGAAACUUCCACACAAGCCCACAUUCACACUCAAGCCCAUACGACCACACAUUCACACUCACCAGAUCGCAUCGCACACACCAUCCAUCCACGCCAACCAACCAUGCCGAAGCAAGCACCUGUCCUGUGGGCGCAGCGGGAAGACUGCGUGUACCUCACGGUGGAGGUACCCGAUAUCAAGGACCCAACAGUCGAGCUGAAGGGCCACACAUUCUCCCUCAAGGGCAAGGGAGGCCCGAACCAGGAGGACUACGCUGUCACCAUCGACCUUUACGGCGAGAUUGACCCCGAGAAGAGCAAGCAGCGUGUUACUGGCCGCCACGUGUUCUUUGACCUGAAGAAGAAGGAGCCUGGUCCCUACUGGCCCCAGCUCACCAAGGAGAAAGUCAAGCUGCCUUGGCUCAAGGUGGACUUUGACAAGUGGAAGGAUGAGGAUGAGAGCGACGACGAGGAGCAGGCAGACCCCAUGGGCGGCAUGGGUGGAAUGGGCGGCAUGGGCGGCAUGGGCGGCAUGGGAGACAUGGGCGACAUGAGCGCUCUGAUGCAGCAGCUGAAUGCGGGCGGCAUGGACCUGAGCCAGAUGGCGGGCCCUCCCGGUGGCGCCAACACCGCCGCCGACGACGAGGACGACAGCGAUGACGACGACAUCCCUGGGCUCGAGGACGAAGAGGCAGAGGGCAAGAACGAAUGAGCAGUGCACUGUGUGACUUGAUGCGCCGUGAAACUGAUGAACGGAUGAACUGAUGAACUGAUGCCAUGUCACAUUACCAAACCCAUCCACCCAUCCAUUUGACUGCCAUACCAUCAUCCUUUCGGCUGUGGUUGUGCUCAACCUCACGCCAUCUCGCUCUGUCUCUCUCUCGCUC